UGCUCAAUCCGUAAGCUCCGCCCCUUUUGUGCUCGGCUCUGGUGCGGCACACGGACUGUCAAGUCACCGCGUAACUUUGCUCAAUAGCUGGAUUUUACAUCACUUUUGGAGUACAACAACUUACUUUUCUGGUGUGUAACGUUAUCGGACCAGUCUUGGAUGAGAUGGAGGUUUAGGAGGGCUCAUUGUCGUUGUAAAGAGUAACGUUAAGAUUUGGGUUAUAUUUGGUGUUUGAUGGCUGCUGGGGAUGGAGCCCAGCUGCCGGCGACCGUAGCGGCCAGCAGGAGCGUGGAGAAGGCGCUGGAAGAGGCUGCGUCCAGCGGAGCGCUCAUCCUCUCCAACCGUAAACUAAAAGAGUUCCCCCGCACCGCCAAGAACUAUGACCUGUCCGACAUUACACACGCAGACCUGUCAAAGAACCGUCUCUGUGAGGUGUCAGAGGAGGUGUGUCAGUUUGUCUCUCUGGAGACACUCAGUCUGUACCAUAACUGUGUGCGAUCCCUCACGCCCAGCCUGUGCCAGCUGCAAGCCCUCACCUACCUCAACCUCAGUCGUAACCAGUUGUCCAGUCUACCGCCAUCAGUAUGUCAGCUCCCUCUCCUGCGGGUGCUCAUCGUCAGCAACAACAAGUUAUCGGCCAUACCGGCCUCCAUUCACACACUCCAACACCUGCGACAACUGGAUGUGAGCUGUAAUGAGCUGCAGUCACUUCCUGUUGAGCUCGGCCAGUUAGAAUGUUUAAGGGAUUUAAAUCUGAGAAGGAACCACCUCACAACUUUACCAGAAGAGCUGUCAGAGCUGCCCCUUGUCCGUUUGGAUGUGUCGUGCAACCGCGUAUCUCAGGUGCCCGUGUGCUACCGUCAUCUCCGGCACCUCCAAAGCAUCAUCCUUGACAACAACCCCCUCCAAAUGCCCCCCGCCCAGAUCUGCUCCAAAGGAAAGUUCCACAUCUUUAAAUAUCUGAACAUGGAGGCCUGUAAAAGGACUCAGGAUCAGUUUGAGAAAGCUCUGCGGCCCACUGCCUUCAACAGCUGUCUGGAUCAGGACCUGUUCCCCGGUCAGUUCAGUGGCCUGGAUUCUGGCUUUAACAGCGUUGACAGCGUUAGCAAAAGAUGGUCAGGAAAUGAGUCUGCUGAUGAUUUCUCGGAACGGUCGCUGCGACUCGCGGACAUUUGCCGCGAACACAGAAUUUUUCAGGAGGAAGAGGAGAGAAAAACAUUGCUAGAUACACCCAAAGUGAAUGGAGACCUGGAGCAAGUGGAUUUUAUAGACAACAGUAUAACAGAGGAAGAAGAGGAGAGGUGUCACCCUCCGCUUACAGAGUCCCCUCAGGAAAAGAGUGAAAGCUCCAGUAGCACACACUCCCAGAGCCCCGAGUCUACAUGCAGCAGGAUAUUUACGAUUGGAGAUGGUUCAGACUCCGGCUCACCAUCCAGUCCUACUUUAGAGGAGAAAAGGAGACCUGGAAACCUGCUCAUCUGGCAGGAGAGAGAGAGAGCCCAACAGCAGAGAGACAGAGCUAGCACUUUGCAGAAAAUAACUGUAAAAACAGGAAGUAACUCGGCGUCAACGACAAAGCACGGAGGAACAGGAAGUGUUUCAGGUGGUGAUUCUGAUAGCAACUCUCCUCCCAAUGGCCUGAAACAGAGAUGCGCAAGUGUAGAUCAGGUUUCUCCAUCCUCUCAUUCGGGGUCUUUACAGCGCUCCACCAGUCGCACAGAUGCGUCCUCUGUGAAGCCCUGUUCUCCUCCAGGUUCUGCUCCCAAACCCAACAGCUUCUUAUUCCGCACAUCCUCACGCUGCAACGUCAAGACAGGAUCAGGCAACAGUUUGGCGGAGUCUGGCCGCAGUGACUCCAGCGCCACACUCAGAUCCCCUCGAGAGGAGAGAACAGACGUCUUGCAACUGCGGAAAAUUCUAGAGUCACGUCUGAAGAUCUCUGUGCCUGAGGAUCUGGGAGAGGCAUUGUCCAAUGGCACAAUUCUUUGCCAGCUGGCCAAUCACGUGCGACCUCGUUCUGUGUCAAUCAUCCACAUCCCCUCUCCGGCAGUGCCAAAGCUGAGUGCUGCCAAGUGCCGCCUGAAUGUCGAAAACUUCAUUGCCGCAUGUCGUAGACUGGGAGUCCCCGAGAUGGAGCUGUGUUUAGCGUCUGAUAUCCUGUGCAGUAAGCUACCUGCGGUGCACCGCUGUGUGACGGCACUCCUGGCAAUAGCAGGAGGAGAGGAGGAGGUGAACGAGGACAACAUUGGCACCUCUCCCUCUGUCUCUCCUUUUUCCACCGGCUUCCUGCUCUUCUACUCUCUCCUCAUGGCUUUGCUCUAUCUGUUCUACUGCCACCUCAUAGCAUAGUGUGAGCCAGUAUCAAUGUGUAAACGUAAUGGAUUUCAAAGUCCAUCAUCUCUGUACUGUGAACACUGUCACUGACAUAUAUAUCAGAGCAAAUUCCUUACCCAUAAGGCCUUUCAGCAUAAACAUUAUCCCUAUAGAUAUCUAAAUGGUUUGGAAAAUGAGGGUAGUUGUAAGACUUAAGAACUUAAUUUUUCUAUAAAUAGUGAAAUAUUGAAAUGUAUUAUUAUUAUUAUUAUUAAUGAGCACCAGAAAUGCUCAUUAACAGCUCAUCAAUGGCCACAUACCGAUGUGGAUUUUAUUUUCUAUAUAGACAUGGUUUCCACUCAUGAAGGGCUUUUCCACCCGAUUGCCUUAGCAUCACUGGUGAUCCCAGGAUAGUUUAGACAGCUUCUAGCGGUCUUUGUAAGGGAUCUUGUUAUCCUGAGAGUUUUAAAGCACUGGCACAAAUUCCCCAUCACUAUUUUUUUUUUCUUGAAGGGCUUUAAUAUGGCUUGUAUUUGCGCUGCACCGGUCCUCAUCUAAAGUGCCUGUAUGUUCCUUCGGUUCACACAGCAGUGCAAAUGAGUUUGUAGCAUCUGCUAAACAGUGUGGUGAUGGUACUUUUCAGCUUAAUUCGGUUUAAUUCACAUGUUGUUGAAAUCUGUCAGGGUCAGGGCUGAGAGGAAGAUUUCACUUUCUUUUUCUUGUCUAGCUGACUGUGACCAUCAGAGGGCAGUGCUUUUACUAAACUGUUCCUUCAACACUUUUUGACGGUACUAGUAUGAUUCGAAGCUGUGCUAACUAGUUACUUUUUUUUUGAGAGCAUCUUAAUAUAAUUCUUAUAUACAAUGAGUUCAAUAUUAAGUUAUUGUUUGAGUUUAUUUAUGUUUUUCUAGGUUCUGCAGAAGCUGCAGUCUCACUGAGCACAUUAUUAGACUAAUUAAAUCGAAACAGAUUAAUUGAGUAAUACAACUCUGAUUAAGCUGCAUUUGUUAUUUUUGCAUUUGUGUUACUGCUCAUGGAUGCACAAUGUAGAUAUGCAGACAUUACCAAAUUACAACUUAUAAAUAUAUUUUUUUUAUUAAUGAUGAAAACUCGUCCUUUUUGGUCUGCCGUCUCCUGAUUCUAAAUAUUACUGUAAUGUGCCAUGAGCACCCAUCUUCUCCGUAUGCUGAUGUUGCUUUUGUAUUUCGUGCCUACUUAAUGUGAUUUAGGAGCUUUGCAGACAGUUUACUAAUGAGCAGCCUCUCAUCUGGAGAGAACGAUAGGAGAGAGAAUGAGAGAGACUGGAAAAUAAGGGUAUAUCAAGGGAUGUGCUAUAAUUAGUUACUAAUGCAUCAUCCCUCACCCUACAAUGUCUUAAACAUAUUUUAAGGGAGUUUGUAAGUUGAUGAAGUUUUAUAAUAUUGAACAUUGUUGGCAAUGCUAAAGCGAACACUAAUUAGCCAUUUUAUUUCAAAUGUCCACUCUGAUGGACUUCCUUACAGUUGCUCAAGAUACUCCAGCCAUAUGAAUAAAGGACUGUGAUGUGCUACAUGUUCUACUGCUAAUUCUAUCGUACAUGCACUAGACUCAGUUUAGAGGGCCCUAGAUCUACAUGAAUGUUUCAGUCCAAAUGUUACCUAGUGGAAACUGUUGCAACACAAAAUGUAUUUUGUAAUAUUUAUGAAAUACUGUGUAUUUAAGAAGUUAAUACAUUUAUAUCGAUAUAAAGAUUUCUUUUUUGUCUUUUAAAGAAAUUAUUAAAAAACUGAAACCCUGAUUAUUAUGUUUUGUCUGCUGCUUUACAUGUGCUUUUGUCAAAUGUUGAUGACUGACUGUUGCUCUCGCUCAUGAUUAAUUCUGCUUUAGUUCGUUGUCUCUCUGCUGAGGUUGAAAUCCUCACAUCAGCUCGUCUCAGUAGCUAGAUAUUCUGUGGCCUUCACCAAAAGGUAAGUGUUGAUCCAUUGUGUGGGUAGUAGUAAAAAGAAAAGUAUACACUAUGCUACACAGUGGGGUCCAAAAUCUAAGAUCAUAUUGAAAACUUGUGGACAAACCAAAAUAGAAUGAUAAAAAUGGCAAAAGAAACUUUGCUUUGAAAAAUGCUUUUAGAGACAUAUGGACCCCACUGUGUGUUUGUUUAUACUGGAAGAUAUGUACAUGCUAUACAGUAGCCUACAGUACUGUUCAAAACUUUGCAGUCGGUAAGAUUUCUUUGUUUUUGAAAGAAGGCUCUUGAGCUCACCCAGGGGUCAUUUAUUUGAUCAAAAGCAAGGUGAAAACCAUUUCUCCAGUCAGUUGAAAACUGUUGUUCUACUACAUACUUUUUUUUUUUUGGAAACUUUGAUCUAUUUUCUUCAGGAUUUUUAAAGCAACACUAUGUAAAUUUAAGCUCUCUAGUGGUUAAUAAACAGAACUGCACGCAUCUCGCAGAAGAACAUUCUAACCGGAGCAACUUCUCCAAGUUUAUGUCUAUGGCGAUUCACGCAGGUAUGUGUUAAUCCGCAGCGUUGAUGACCCUAACAGGCUACAAUAGUCCAAAAAUAAUAACUUAUUAUAAAUGUCCCGUAGUGAUUUGUGAUGAGACAAAAAGGCGAUUAGAUGUAUUUAUGAUACACUCUCUCAUUAUAUACAUUUUGAACACAAAAAAAAGUUACAUAGUGUUUCUUUCAAUUAAUAGAAAGUACCAAAGGACAAAUUUAUUUCAUAUAAAUCUGUAAUGUAUCACUAUUGAUGUAGUAACUGUUACUUCUGAUCAACUGAAAGCGUCUGCUAAAUAAAAGUAUUCAUUUCUUUAAGAAUGGUAGUGUAUGCAUACAGUACAUGAUCAUAUUAAAUGUAAAUACUGUAAGCUUUUUAUAUAAAACUGCAUGAUAUAACUUUUCUUUUAGCACAAACAACUUUACAACCCCCAGAACAAAUCAAAGUAACACAGUAAAUAACUGAGCAUGUAAAAGUCACUAUUUCUCAUCAAACUGUAAACAUUCACUCUUCAGGAAGUAAAGAAAGAACACAGCAGCUUUAAGCAUUUCUUAAUCAACACUUAAAAUGUAUGAAUGCUCUUAAACUUAAAAUGCAUGAAUGAGUUUUUAAAUAAUUUAAAAAAGUGUUUCUUCCUAGCACACUUGUGUGUUACCAUGCAAAUAAACUAAUAUGGACAGUAUCAAACACAGAUACAGUUAGACUGAAAACAUGUGAAGCACUUUAUCUGCACACAGCUGUACAUUCAUCAAGCAAUUAUUUUGAUUACUUCUGAAACCAUUAAAAGUGUGUCAAAGCAGGAGAGUGAAUACUUAUGUGCUCAAUUGUUAUCUGUUUAUUAUUUUUUAUUAACUGGCCAACUCAUUUUUCACUUUGACAUUAUGAAGUGCUUUGUGUUCAUGGGGAGUUAAAUGGUGUCUUUUUUCUUUUAAUUAUGGAACAAUUAAAAAUGUCUCUGCCAUUAAAGAAACACAUAAUUAAAGGAGAAUGAGGAGAAUUCUGAAAUUAGAACCGAUUUUCUUUAAUGAAUUGAUGAAUUUGUGGACUACAAACUUUUUGUUUAUAAUACUCUUCUGAGUCAGUCACACACGUUUCUUCAUAGCAUUUCAGUAGGCUAUAAUUUUUCGGAGCACAUGAUAUAUAAAUCAUAAUUGAGUUCUACACAAUAUACACUUCCAAAUAAAUAAUUUCAGUAAUUGAUGCCCCUAACAAUAAAGAAAUUCAUCAUUGACAGUUGCCAUUUGGCUGCAUUCAUAUUUUGUGUUUACUGUAUGAACUUGAGAAUAUGUGAGCAUACACAGCUAUUUAAAUUAACAGAGAAACAGCAAAAACCCAGAUGUUGAAUAAAUGUGUUUAAUAGGGCAAUAGAAAAAUCAACCUCAAAUCAUGUGUCUU